AAUUACAAUCGUGAUUACCAGAACGCGGGGAAGUCCUUGCGAAAUUUGGUUUGGUCGGUCCUUUCUAAAAAGUCGUGUAACGGGAAAGACUAAUAUCUACUGUUAUCAUGCCUCCCAAGUUCGAUCCAACCGCUAUUCACUACGUGUACCUCCGAGUUACCGGUGGGGAAGUUGGUGCGACCGCUUCGCUUGCUCCUAAAAUCGGACCACUCGGUCUCAGUCCCAAGAAAGUAGGAGAUGACAUUGCCAAGUCAACCCAAGACUGGAAGGGAUUGAAAAUUACUGUGUGUUUGAAGAUCCAAAACAGACAAGCCACCGUGUCUGUUGUCCCGAGUGCGGCAUCUUUGGUGAUCAAAGCCUUGAAGGAACCACCACGUGAUAAGAAGAAGGUUAAGAACAUCAAACAUAAUGGUAACAUUACCAUGGAGGAUGUUUAUGGCGUUGCACGUAUUAUGCGAGAACGUUCAAUGUCGCGUUUCUUCUCUGGCACAGUCAAGGAAAUUUUAGGAACUGCCCAGAGCGUUGGUUGCACUGUAGAUGGUAAACCCCCCCAUGAUGUCAUCGACAUGAUCAACGACGGUGAAAUUGAAUGCCCCGAUGAGUAGGUCAACUGAUAAGCGCAAGGGUAAGAAAUGUUAAAAAUAAAAAAGUUUCGCAAAAAAA